UGAGGGAUGGCCCAAAACGGCAAUGAGUCAGAACUAACCGCGUUGUAAGAUCAGUGCAGUUACCCGGAGCGGUGCGCUGGAGGAACAAGGCGUGCGCGGCCCAAAACCACCUGCCAGCCGUGGGUUUAUCUCUCUACCACAGGGAAAGCAUGCCGUUAGUGCUAGAGGGCGUCUCCUGGCUGGUCUGGCGUGCCAACAGGCCCGUCUUAUGGCCUAUCUGAAGCCAAAACGGCCUGAGCUGCCCUACCAACCGAGACUCGCCCGGAUCGAUGGCGGUGACGUAUUCAUCCUACAUGAUUAUGAGCAAUUGGUGCGGGCACUCAUCGACAUCAUCUCGGCACGUGACCCUUGGCCGGAAGAAGUCCACCCACUUCAGUCCGCCAAUACAGUAAUGCGCGAGGACUACACGAGAAAUCGCCUGGCGUCGAAGAAUGGCGGAGGCGCAGAACCUAGUCUGGUUUGGGGACACGAUCUGGCCUUUGUGGCGCCAAACAGGGCCCAGACCAGUUCCUCAGCGUGGAGGCUCCUGGACCGCCAUCGAUGCUGCGCUACCCACCCCGGCUAGACGGCCAUUGGUGUCUGCUACAAGCCUCUGGGGCCUGCUCGUCUUCUUCUCCACUGGUAAAAAAUUGUAGCUGCCCAUUCAUUUGGUGCUCGUGUUGGAUUGCCAAAUCCAUCGAUGCAUCGUGAAAAAUUCCUAGC